CGCCGCCACGGCCGCAGUCACUUCCUGCCCCUGUGCCCAUCCGGCUCCGGGGUCAGCGGCCGCCGCUCUGGCGGGACAGGGGCGAAUAAAGUGGAGUUCGGGGCGGGGUUGGCCGGCCGUUCGCUCCCAGGAGCGAGACGCUGCAUGUAGAAGGACCGCGGGUCGUGCGCACCGAAAAUGCCUCUGCGGGACAAGUGCUGUCAGACGGAUCAUCACCACCACGGCUGCUGCGAGCCAGUGCAUAUACUGGAACCUGGUGAUCCUCCAUUAUUACAGCAGCCUCUGCAAACAUCAAAGUCUGGUAUUCAACAAAUCAUUGAGUGUUUUCGAUCAGGAACUAAACAACUUAAGCAUAUCUUGUUGAAAGAUGUGGACACCAUUUUUGAGUGUAAAUUGUGCCGGAGUCUCUUCAGGGGAUUACCAAAUUUAAUUACUCAUAAAAAGUUUUAUUGUCCUCCAAGUCUUCAGAUGGAUGAUAACCUUCCAGAUAUAAAUGAUAAACAGAGUCAAGCCAUAAGUGACCUCCUGGAAGCAAUUUAUCCAAGAGUAGAUAAGCAAGAAUAUAUAGUUAGAUUAGAACCUAUAGAAACAAAUCAGAAUGCUGUAUUUCAGUAUGUGUCAAGGACUAAUAGCCCAGAUGAGAGCACAGAAAACAGUAGUGCCCCUGAUCAAGCUCCAGUACCAAUGCAGGAACCCAGCACUGAACCACCCAAGGCUGUUUCAGCUCUGGCUCCGGUUGGGGAGACUGUGGAAUUACCUCCUGCUGAUCCUGUUAUAAACAAGGUGACCCCUACUCCUGAAGAACAGCCCCCAGCAGUAACACCUGAAGUGGACUCUGUGGAAAAUUCUGACUUUGGCCACCAGUUGAUUUGUUGUCUCUGUAGAAAAGAAUUUCAUUCUAGACGCAGUGUACGCCGGCAUAUUAGAAAAGUACACAAAAAAAAGAUGGAAGAGCUGAAGAAGUACAUAGAAACAAAAAAGAAACCAAAUCUGUGCUCCGCAAAAGGCCGAAAUAAGAACGUUCUGGUAGCACUAGGUCGAAGUUGUCCUGUAUGUUAUAAAUCAUUUGCCACAAAAGCCAACGUAAGAAGGCAUUUUGAUGAAGUCCAUAGAGGAUUAAGAAGGGAUUCCAUUACUCCUGAUAUAGCUACAAAGCCUGGGCAACCUUUGUUCUUGGAUACAGUUUCUGCUAAAAAAUCUUUUAAGACCCGAAAACAAAAGUCGUCUUCAAAGGCUGAAUACAAUUUAACUGCAUGCAAAUGCCUUCUGUGCAAGAGAAAAUAUAGUUCACAAAUAAUGCUGAAAAGGCACAUGCAAAUUGUUCACAAGAUAACUCUUUCUGGGAAGAACUCUAAAAGAGAGAAAGGACCCAACAAUACUGCCAAUGGAACAGAAAUAAAACUAGAAGUUGAACCAGCAGAUUCUGUAGAACCUUCACCCCCUUCCAUUGCUCUUUCUCCACAGAAUGAAUUAAAGGGAACAAAUCAUUCAAAUGAGAAAAAGAACACACCGUCAGCACAGAAAAAUAAAGUUAAGCAGGACUCUGAAAACCCUAAAUCAACCUCAAAGUCAACCACUAAACCAACCUGUAAAUCAACUACUAAAUCAACUCCUAAGUCAACCAAUGCAUCUGCUGCAGGUGGCCAGCAAAAAAACAGGAAGCCAAAACUUUCAGCUGGCUUUGACUUCAAGCAGCUUUACUGUAAACUCUGUAAACGCCAAUUUACUUCGAAACAGAACUUGACAAAGCACAUUGAAUUACAUACAGAUGGAAAUAACAUUUACGUUAAAUACUACAGGUGUCCUCUCUGCUCUUAUGAAACACGUCGCAAACGUGAUGUGAUAAGGCAUAUAACCGUAGUUCAUAAAAAGUCGCCACGGUACCUUGGGAAAAUAACUGCAAGUUUAGAAAUUAGAGCAAUAAAAAAGCCAAUUGAUCUUGUUCUAAAUAAGGUGACAAAAAGAGGCCCUCAGAGGGAUGAAACAAAACAGAUUGGUUCAAAACACGAUGUCACCUCUAAUUCGCCCAAUAAAAAGUACGAAGGAGCUGAUGUUGGCAUUGAAGUAAAAGUAACAAAAAACUUUUCUCUUCACCGAUGCAAUAAGUGUGGGAAAGCGUUUGCCAGAAAAGCUUUUCUAGAACAUCAUAAGAAAACACACAAGGCGAAUGUAUCUCAUUCACCUGAAGAAAACAAAACCAAAGGCAGAAGUACAAGAUCUAAAGCUGUUAUCUGAUAGGUUCAAGUGAUGUUCGGAAAAUUUGGAGUUCAUUUGCAUGAAAAAGACUUUAAUGUGGUGUUGGAACUGCUAAUAUCUUGAUAAUGGUACUAUAAGGAGGAAAAUCUUCACAAGCUGUUGUUUUUCAUACUAAAUUACAUCCAUUCUGACUGCAUGUUGUUAGACAGUGCCUCCUCCCAAAACACUUCUGUAGUUGAAAUGCACUCAUGCUUCUAAAUUAGCUGUUAACUGUGCUUAUCUCUAUACAGCUGUGGUUUGACAUGAACUCUCUGAACUUAAAAAAAACAGUACAGAGGCAACCUGACAAACAACAGCUUUGGAAGAAGACUUUUGUUCCUCAUGUAGGAGGUCAUCUUCAGAGAUCUCAUCGUACUGUUCCUCCCUGGUAGUGCUAAUGGAUGAACAGCUCUGAUUUUUUUGUGAUAUCCUACUUUGGCAAUUGUUAUAUACUGUUUUAAACUUAUUACAAAUGAAUGUAUAAGAGCAAACAUGUAGUGUAUAUUGGCUGAAUUGUACUAAUUUUUAGUAUUUGCCAUAACAUCAGUUUGUUCGUAUAGACUAAUUUCCCAGUUCUGGGACAUUCUGAAUUUCACUGUACUACAGUCGCUUCAAAGAUGUCCAUAUCUUUUCCAUCUGUGGUUCGUUGGACAACUUGAUAAACAUCUAGGAUGUUUACAAGAAUAUCCACAUUCCUCUAUACUUUAAUUUAAAAAAGAAAAAAAAAAAAAAAUUAUACAACAAGCACUUUAAUGAUAGUCGCAGUUUAUUUUUUCAAUUUAUUUUUUGAAAGAUCAACACACUAAUGUUAAUAUGAAGGUAGUGAAUAUUUGUCGAUGUGUUAUAGACAGACAAUCUGUGCACAACCACUUAUAAUAUUAGUUUAUUUCAUUAAAUAUUAAUAAAAAGGGAGGAUAGUAUGAGAGAAACUCCAAGUAAUUUUUCUCUCGAUGUGAUAAAUGACCACUAUAGAUAGAACUUGAAUUUGUAUAAUUUGGAAAUGGUUUAGAUCCCUUUUAUUUUGACCUUUUAACCAGGAUUUUAGGAAGCCCGUUGCGUGGCUGCCAUUAUGGAAUUCUUGGCAGCUUUCAUGCAGCAGUGGUUUUGUUCUUUUGUAUGUUUGUUUGUUUGUUUGUUUUUUCUUUCUUUCUUUUUUUUUUUUUUUUAUGUUUUAGAGAAUAUUUUGUUUAGUGAUUUGUGUCAAAUUGCUACAAUUUGCAAGGUACUGUACAUCAGAAGAAAUACCGCGUCUUUUGUAUGGGUUUACUCCCUUACUUAGGGAGGUGCCUCGUGUUCAUAUAUACUUUUUGUAUAAAAUAUAUCUAAAAUUGUUGAUCACAAGAUCAGAAGUAAAAAUACUUUUAUGGAUAGAGAACUAUUUGGCCCUGUUAGUGCAUUGCUCUACAAGUACUGUGAAUGGGAACUGGACUGUAGCUGUUGCUCAAAAUGUUCUAUAUUGAAUGUACAUCUUUUGUUUGGAUAAAUGUACUGUAUUUGGUUGAAAAUAAAGCAGACUGGAAAUCACUUUUAAGUGUGCAUAAGCCGAAAGACGUUUUUGUAAACCUGGAGUAUCUGUCAUUCCACAAUCAGAAAGUACAAGUUUUGUAAAGUUGACCCUCUGAUCAUUGAAACUAGUUGUUUGUAAUAUUCUGUUGUAAUAAAUGGUUUUCUUUUGAUAUUAAAA